CCAAAGACCUUCCCUGUCCCUCGUGUCAUAAUAUGGUCGCCUUUGAACGGCACAGUGUGGCAAUGACAACGAUUCAUUGCUAGCUGAAUUGAAACUGUGAUUCGCGGAUUACUUUGACGGAGCCAUGCCUCGAUACGAACUGUCCCUGAUCCUGAAAGCGAUGCAGCGGCCGGAGACGGCGGCUACUCUGCGGCGGACAGUGGAGACUCUGAUGGAGCGGGGCGCCGUGGUGAGGGGCCUGGAGAAUCUGGGGGAGAGACUGCUGCCCUACAAGAUAACCAAACACAAUCAGAGGCACAGCCGAGGAUCUUACUUUCUGGUCGAUUUCUACGCCUCUCCCAAUAUCCUCACUGGCUUGCUGAAUCACCUGCACCGAGAUGUGGACGUGGUGCGGCCCACGGUGCUGAAGAAAGACGACCGGGUCCCCAGCGGUAACUGCUGUCUUCCCAAACACUGACUGAAUGUUUCGCUGCUCCUAUCCAGGAGAUGCACUGUGUGAAGCUUCCCUCUUGGACCCUUUUUUCAUAGCUGUUGGCCUGCAUUUGGAUGUAAUGUCAUAUGUUGUAAUAAACUACUUUUCCUGUCUUA